AUGUAUCGCUUACUACCCCAGUCCUUUAUGAGGAUCCUGUCUCGAGGAACGGUGGUCACCUCAAAGUUCUCAUCCCGCCCGCCUUCCGCGCCCCCUCCGUCUGCCGCUCGUCUGCCGAGCGAUUUCUCGUUUGCCGAUCCGGAUUUCCACUUCCGUGAAGAUCAGGUUCCAAAGCAGACGGAUGUCUUGGUGAUCGGAGGCGGGGUGGUUGGUUGGGCCGUGGCCUACUGGAUUCGCUUCCUCGCUCGAACCACCGUGACGGUGGUGGAACGAGAUCCGACCCUGUCUCAUUCCUCCAGUGUGCUCAGUCUAGCCACCCUACGGACACAAUUUUCGGAAGCGGAGAACAUUCAGAUGUCUCUGUUUGCUGCCGAGUUCCUGCGUGAAGUAGAAGAAUACCUACGAUCCACUCGUGAGUAUCAUAUAACUACAGACAUGUAA